GUAUAUAUACAAUAUUUGGCGUCUUCUACAGCAUUCGUAUCGUUUCGAGUAACCUGCGCAGUGCAUGUGAUGAUUGUCAAAGCAUUUACUUUAUUAAUUCUCGUGUCGUACGCAAUUGGUGAAUUGUGUGUGAACUACGAUUUCGAACAAGGUUUCUAUGAAUUGUUUAGUGACAAUGGAGUUUGUGAUAGUCUCCCGCUUUGGUUUAUCGGUAAAUACGAGAAUUUAAAUAUGAUUGGAGAGAAUGGGAGCACGACUUUUAUCACACCUAGUUCUCAGUGGGCUGCAAGUUGUGCGUCGUCAUUCGUUUUUUCAAUGAAAUCGGGCGGUACUAUCGAAGUGGACAUUUACAUGGAACGGUCUGAUGUCAAUGAUCAGAUUCAGGUCUUCGUCAGUCAAGUUGUGGCUGGUGGUGGCUCCUUUGUGAGAGCGAAAGCUGAGAGUGGAGUUUCGGGAUACUCCGCAAAUGGAAAGCAAACUUUGAAAGUCACUUUAAAUGGUACAGACAAUUAUGAAGGAUUUAUAUCCAUAGUGGGGAAAGCAGCUCCAGAAUCAGUGGUACUAGUAGACGCUUUCCGAUACACACCACCGCACGUAGACGCCGCAUAUUGUCAAGAUCCAAAGAACGUUUUAAAUCCCUUCAGCAAUGUGAAUACAAACGCGAUCUUCUCUAGGAAGACCACAAGAACCACUCGUAGGACCACAACGACGAAAAGGACCACAACGACAAAAAAGACCACAACGACUCGAUGGACCACAGCCUCCACAACUACAACUAAUGAAACGACCACAUAUAAUACAACCACUCCAAAUUAUAACACCACCAGUCCUAUCUAUAGUACUACGCUACCUACCGUUACUAGUCGACCUCCCUACAUCAUUGACGAUAGACCUGCCUCAAGUGCUACUAGCUUAGCUCCUUUAAUGACUAUGCUUUUAUCUCUCACUGUACUAUCAGCUUUAUGCCAAUUGCCCAGCUGACGCGCGAAUACUGAAAACGUGCUCAAUUUUAAGUUGUACAUAACUGAAGUAUCAAGUUAUCUCUGUAGGUACCUGUAACUGUGUAAUUGUGCCUAGGGAUGUGCUAUAACAGGCGUCGCACCAUGUGGGCUCCGGAGCAGGUCUAAUUAGAGGACUAGGUGCUCCUUUACAGGUGUUGAGUGUGGCCAACAGGGUGGUUUUAGUGAGGUAAAAAAUCUCACAGUCUUUAGUCUUUUAUCUUCAAAAAGCUGGGCGCCUUUUGAAGGUAUCCCUCUGUAAUACAAAAGGUACCUAACCGUAGAAGUUUUUGACUACAAAUACUUAAAAAUAAAUUAGAGUAAGAAAUAUUUUUGGGAGUGACUUAAAAUUGAGUGGCGUUUGGUUAUUUUAGUACAAACUUAACUGUUUUGGUUUAGAGUUUAAUUUUACAUAAUUAUUUUUAUGUAAUCUAGUCAAGCUAAUCAAACAGGACCUUUGAUUAAUUAUUUUAGUCUCAUGUAAUUAGGUAGUAAGCCUAUUGGCAUUGGAGACUGACCUAUCCAACUGGACUUGUAAGACUUCGUGCUACCGAUCGUGGUUGCGAUCACUAAGCUAACGAGGCAUUAGAGGUAGCAGGGCUACUGCAAUACCUGCUGCUAAUCAUAUACAUAUGAUAUUAAAACAUCAUGUAACUAAAUAAUACGAAUUUAUAUAUCACUAUAUAUAGUCACGCCUUUUAUCCCCGAAGGGCUUGGCAGAGGUGCACAUUAUGGCAUGUAAUGGCACUGUAAAAUGUACACCCAGUUUUCACCAUUUGUGUUAUAAGUCCCAUGUAAUAGGGGGUAAUAUGAAUUUAUUAUAACAACAUGUACCUAAUAUAAAAUGUGAUAACUUUAUUCCAUGACAUAUAGGAAUAUAACUAUGUAAUAAAUUAAUAAAAUUUGUAAUACAUAAGUU